UCAUCCCAGCCCAGACCAGCCCAUUGAUACCUAAACCUAAAUCCGUUUAGAGUCCAGCUAGGUUAUUUAGAAUCCCAAUUUAACUCCGACGUUGUUCUCUCUUACACCUACCGGAGCUCCUGUCUUCACAUUCUGCGUAAAUGGCGGUGCACCAAAAAAGACCUGCCGUGUUUGUUGCGGAAGCAAAGAGUAAGGCAGACACUGAAAACCUUGAUACAGAGUCCUCAGAGUCUGAGUUAGAAUUCGAUGAGGAUGAUGAAGUAAGGCAAAGUGAACCUUCGGAAAAUGCAAUAUACAACAGGGAUGGCUUGCUUGAUAAACUGGGAGAUAUCAGCUGGCCUGAGAAUGUUGAUUGGAUACACAAACUUUCUUUUGAUGUGAAUCAAGAGCAGGAGGUGGAUGCAAAUGAUGACCUGACACGAGAACUUGUUUUCUAUACUCAGGCAUUGGAGGGUACAAAAGAGGCGUUUUUGAAAUUUCAGUCCAUGGGGCGCCCCUUUUUGACGCCUACUGACUAUAAUGGUGCCAUGGUGAAAAAUGAUACUCACUUAGAAAAGGUUAAGGAUCAGCUUCUGGCAGAAAAGAAUAGGGUUGAGGAGGCUGAGGAGAGAAGGAAAGCAAGGGAAAGUGAGAAAAUUGCCAAGGAAGCACAGGCACAAAAAUUUAAAGAAAAGGCUAAGCAAGAAAAAGAGGAGAAAAAAUCUGCUAAGAAAUUGAUAAAGGAGAGGCAAGAGAGUGGCAUUAGCGAGCCAGAAGAAGAUGGUGAUAUUGGUUUAGCAGAUGAGGACGAUAGUACAUUUGAUGAGAGUGAUCAUUCUGAAGGCAAGGCAAAAGAGAUUACUGGUAAGGGGAAAAAAGAAGCAGAUAAGAGGAGGAAGAACAGGGACUACAGAAACUCAAAGCAUGGACUUGGAGUGAAGAAAGGCAUAAGAAAGCAAAAUAAGGCUGAAACCACAAAUGAUACAAGAAGAGGCUUCAAGAGCACUGGCUUCGCCAAGAAUAAGAGAAGGAAGACAUGAUAAAAGCAGGGCUGAUUCAAACUGCGCAAACUGCUGGAAUUACUGUCAUUCAUAUAACUAAGAAUGAUGUGGUGCAAAAUAGGGUUAUAUUUACUUUCUUUCGUAGUGCAUUCCCUUAACCUUAAAUUUUGUUGCUAGAGUGUUUGGUUUUUUACCUGACUUUGUUGAUUACUCCACUUGUUUGGAUUAUAUAACUCUCUCGCUGAUGCACUUGCAAGAAAUGUAUUCAGAAGUGUUUGGAUAUCGAUAGGCGAAAAUCAAUUUUUCUCAGUA